CCAGCGGCGGAAGAAAAUGUGAGCUCGCCGACGGCCCUACGUGACAGCGCACGGGACGUGCUUUUGUGUGUGUGUUUCCUCUCCAGGUUUUGACGAAUGUGAUGGAAAGCGAACAACAAACUACAGAGAGAGACACGCCGCCGCAGCACUGGAGAAGUUGCAAGUUGAUUAUUGACCCCGCGUUGACAAAAGGCCUGUACAAAGUGUACCGUUACGAUGGACAGCACUUCAACAUACCCGUGGAGGACUUAGGUCUGUUUCCUGUGGAGACGGUCAGAGAUCCGCGCGUCAGUCGCCUGUGGAGCAAAUGCAGCGAGACGCAGCUUUCCAUUGCUAAAUUCAAGUUAGAUGAAUGGUAUGUUGGUCCUGUUCCUCCCAAAGAAGUGACGUUUUCCGGGUUGAAUGACAAUGUGAGGGAGACCUUCUUGACUAACAUGUGCAAUAAACAUGGGAACGUUGAGGACGUGGAGAUUUUUUACAAUCCCAAGAACAAGAAGCAUUUAGGCAUCGCAAAGGUCGUCUUUGACACCGUGCGAGCUGCAAAGGACGCAGUUCAGCACCUGCAUCAGACGUCCGUGAUGGGAAAUGUCAUUCACGUGGAAAUUGAUCCUAAGGGAGAAAACCGAGCGCGGUAUCUCCAGCUCCUCUUACGCGGCCUUUACACUCCGUGGACGCUGCCAGUGGGCGGCAGCGAGCGAGCCAUUCACAGCUUAAUCGACAGUUUGCUGGGCAGCGCAGCCACACAGCGACGUGGGAGCAUCUCCAGCCCCUACAGCGUCGCCACCCCCCUCUCUCUGGACACAGCCUAUUCCAGUAUUUGGCAGGAUACGCCUUGCAGCUCUGGGCUCACGCCACGUUCUCAGGGAACCCCCCGUACGCCUUGCUUGUCUGUGACUCCGCUCUCUCAGGACUCUUGCUACUCCAGUCUUCAGGCAACUCCAGUUCUCCAGGGGGAGUCGUCAAGCUAUAGUGUUCACAAACCUUUAAGACGCGAGCCCUGCCAUCGUAAAUCUGCUCGGUGGCCCAGGGGAUCUGGCGAAGUCUCAGAUUUCAACUUUAUUUUGAAACAUUGUCAGCCGCAAGCCCCGCCCACUUUCUCGGCCCAAACACAAACCGGCGGCCAGCAGCUCGCUCUGUGGGAUCACAAUGCACAGUCCUCAUCUCACAAUAACAGAGGAGCUCCCUUUAACCUCGCCUCCCCCUGUCAGGAGUCCAGAGACGCGGUCGGCACUACACCUCGGGCUUUACAUCAAAACGGCAAUUCUCUUCGCAUCGUGAGCGUUAAUUUCACGGUUGACCGGCAGACGGCAGCGUCCUCCCCACCUGAUGCCCAUGCGUGCGUAACCCACUUAUCUCCAUCUGCUGGUAACUGUUCCCCGAGUAGCCCCCAGCCAGGGGUGGAGAGUUUGGACUCUCGAAUUGAGAGUUUGCUGAUCAACAGCCGGAUGUCUGACCCUUCAUACUUUGAUAGAAAGACUCAUGACACUGAUGUGCACUCUCAGGACAGCCCGACCUCACCUUGCUCCGCCGACACCCCCCCUUUCCCGGAGGACGCUCUGGUUGGCACUCUGACUUCUUGUGGCUCCUCCAAUAAUCUGCUGGAUGUCAGUUCAACAUCGCUCAUUGAAAAUGAAGAGGACGAAACCACUCAAGCGGUUCUGUUUUUAACAAGAAACUCAGAGUCUCCAUCUGAACUCAUGCAUUUUGAAAGGAACAACGAAAAAGAGGAAGAAAGGUUCAGGUCAUUCUCAUGUCCACAGGACCAUCAUGCAGCAAAUGAGAGCAAGAGGCCCUCAAACAACCAACCUUCCAGCGCUUUGACGACUACAAAACAGAUUUCCUCUCUUCCUCGGCCACCGUUGUUUUCUCUCAACAGCACCACUCAACUCGAUACCUCCAGACCUCCACCUUCCAUUAACUCUGGGUGCUUCCAUCCCCCAGUCAGCCUUUUCCCUUUCCCCAUCCCUCCCUUUCCCCGAACUAUUCCACCCGUCCCACCUCGGCUGCCAAAUGGCACCAUCCCCAUCCCGCCCCCUAUUUGGAUCCCACCUCCGGGUCAUCGUAUUGGCAUCCCCAUUCCUCCUCCACCUUUUCCGGCUCCUUCUUCUAUUCCUGCCCCACAAACCUAUCUAGGACCCCCUCCACCUUUGAUGCCGCUGACCUCAGUUCCACCCCCCGUGCACACAUACCCCUUGGCCAGGAAUCCUCCAAUGCACGGCAGUGCGCCCUUACCACUACCUGUACCCCCUUGGCCGGCUCCAUGUUUUCCCAGGUUUAACCCAUUUGUGCCACCACCAGAUUACGCACCUGUGCGUGAAAACCCUCAUAAAGUCACAAUAGAUAAAGUUUUAGAAGUCAUCAUGGAUGAACUGAAGUCAAUCGUGAAGAAGGACAUGACGCGCAGAAUGAUUGAAGGCAUCGCUUUCAAGGCGUUUGAGGACUGGUGGGAGUGCCAAGAGAAAAGAAUGAAGACACAAGUGGCUCCUUUGAAAAGUGGAGCAGCAAGUGUUGAAGGGAGGAACAAACUAAUAAAUCCCCCCAGUCACAUCGUUGGCCGGGCCAAGAAACCUCCACUGCCCUCCUUCAAGGUAAAAAGGAAAAGAGCCAAUGAUGCUGCUGCAACAGAAGAGACAGAACAUAGUUUGUGCUCUUCUCAGGAAAGCUCAGAAGUCAAACAGGGGGAUGACAAAUUGACAGCUGCAUCCGAGAGAGCCAAACGCAGACACGCAAGACCACACAAGCUCGACAGUGACAAUGAUGAUGAAAGGAAAGACGAAGAUAAGGAUCCUCGAGACGAAGAAACAGCAUCAGACAAAAGGGAGCCUGUUGUGCUAGUUGAUGAUGAGCCUCAAAAUCUGAGUGAUGGAGAUUAUGACGAUGGCGAUGAUGGCGGUAAUCGCCCUCAGGAAGAAAAGGAGCUGGCACGAAACCACACAGAAGAUAAAGAUGCUGUCAUCUCCCAAACUGGUGAUGGAGUGCAGUGCUUAGAGAGCGAUGCUUUUUCAGAGAGCAGCUCCUCGGAGGACAGCGAGCACUCGUCAGAACUCGACUCCUCCGACUCGUUCUCAGAGAGCUUCGAGGACUCUUCCUACUCCGACCUCAGUCCGGAAGAUGAAGAGGAGGAGGCCGACCGGUCGGGUGUGUGUAUUGUCAUAUCGUCAGACGAGGAGCCGAUGGAACUUGAGCCCCCAGUCACUCCCUCGGCCCCGUUCACCCCUGGUGCUCAGCUGGAGCUGGACCUCCAGGACUGGUCGGAUCCAGAUCAUAUUGAGGAGAACCCCGACAGAUCCUAUCAACAAGACACCUUUGACUUGGAUGUUAUGAUGGAUCUCCAAACCAGCGGACCUCCGAGCCUUCUACGGCCCCCGUCCCCUAUCGCAUGUCCAGUGGGGCUACUCCUCGAUGUGGAGAUGGAAAGCCCCGACUGGACAGAAGAGUUCUUUGGGAACAUAGAAAACGUGAGGACACUUACUCCUACUGGCUGCUUUCUGGACAGUGACCCUGACCUUCUGAUGAGAAGCAAACCCACCUCCCCAGCGGAGGAGGAGGUGGAACGACCUCAGACACCCGGCAAGGGGAUAGUGACUGAACCGGGAAGCGAGGACUCUGCCGAUGAAGCCUUCUCCCUCUCUCCAACAGGCACCGAGCUCAACCUAGCUCCCUGUGACGUCCCUGCCUCGUACCCGUCGUACCAGGAUACGCCCAAAACUCCAGGCAGAGAGGACGCACCCGGCCGCCCACGGCACGCCUCAGGGAGAGCUCCAGCGACGCCGGGCAGAGGGACAGUCGCGUCAUCGGGUAGCACAGCGAUGCGGCCGACUCGCUGCAGUCUGCCUCCCGAGCCGUACCUGCCCAGCAAUCCGUACGUCACAGCGCCGAGGACUCCUGGCAGAGACAUCGUCUUACCCCGCAGAGCCGUGGUCCACAGGAGGAAAACACAAAGGGUGACGACGAUGCAGCGCCCGCCAUGUGACCCUGCCGGAUUCUCUCCCAUCCCAGUGUCCUGUCCAUGCGGCCUGCCAGAGUCUUCGGCAGACUCCGCUGAUGAAAAGGACACGUGGAUCAAUCCAGGUGUGAAAAAGAAGCCCCUGCAGGGACUGGAGAACGUGCCCAGGUGCCUGGACGAGGAGAACAGUCGAGAGAGAGAGAGGUGGUCGUCAAGGAGAAAACGAUGGAGGAGGCUCAAGAGAAGGUGGAGAAUCCAUCAUCGGCAGAGAUCACUGAACAGAACCGAUGGGUCUCUCGCCUUUCGCAGUCGCCUUCACAGGUGGCGUUCACGGUGUGAGGAGAGGAGGAUACUCCACAGUGUUUGGAGGGAGGGCCUGGAUGAAGAAGAUGAAAGGCUGCUGCGGUCUGCAUAUGAAAGGCUGCAAGCGCGGGAUAAUGGCUUCGGGUGGAUCAGUGACACCCUGUGGGUAGCUCACCCUCUGACAAAAGUCGUCACAGAAAUGAGCGAGGAGCAUGAAUCCUGGAAGCCAAAACACACGACCGGUUCUGCUCGCAGCGAAGGAUUCUACAAAAUUAGCAGGAAAGAUAAAAUGAAAUACCUCCACGUGGAGCUUCCACCUACAAGUACUCAGGGGAUGUGCAUCCCAGCUCGGCAGCCCAUCUCGCUGCGUGCAGGGUCCGACUUCAGGUCUGAACAGCGUCGCCUGCUGUCCACUUUCAGCUGUGAUAGUGACCUGGUCAAGUUCAACCAGCUGAAGUUCCGAAAGAAGAGGAUUCGUUUCAGCCGGAGUCAUAUUCACGAGUGGGGCCUGUUUGCAAUGGAGCUAGCAGCAGAUGAGAUGGUGAUUGAGUAUGUGGGCCAAAUCAUCAGACAGGGCAUCGCUGACAUGAGGGAGCAGAGGUACGAGGAGGAGGGCAUUGGAAGCAGCUAUUUGUUCCGGGUCGAUCAGGAAACCAUCAUUGACGCUACUAAAUUUGGGAACCUAGCCAGGUUUAUCAACCACAGCUGCAAUCCCAACUGUUAUGCAAAGAUCAUCACCGUGGAUUCUGAGAAGAAGAUAGUGAUAUACUCACGACAGCCGAUAAGCAUCAAUGAAGAAAUCACAUAUGACUACAAGUUUCCCAUUGAGGAAACAAAGAUUCCUUGUUUGUGUGAAGCGGAUAGCUGUCGUGGAUCCUUGAACUGAUCUCCACGGCUCUGAUUAUGAGGCUAUUCAAAGUUCCCUUUGGUGCAAUACAAUGUAAGCACUGGCCCAGCAGAUGUGUCAACACUAUUCAAAGACUGUUGAAAACGGUCUACAGAGGCGCUUGAGGAGCUCAAAAAAACACUGCACAUGAGUGGAGGUGCUGCUCAGGGAGUAAUGAUUUAAUAAACUGUACUAAACAGCAUGUAAGACUGCAAUGUAUUAUCAAUGGAGGUCUAGCAUGAAGUAAUGAAGUUGUAGUUUGCCUCCUCUAAAUACUGGUAAUCACUGUGAAAAACAAAAACUCAAUUAUCUGGUAAAACAAUAUCACAAAUUACAGUUGGUUGUGAAUGAAUGAACACAGAUUCACACAUUGUAAUUGCUCUCUCUCCCCACAUGGAGUGAAAGACUCGGCUCUCUGAUUCUCAUACAAAGGCCUUUUUUGCAAUGAGAGGUCUGUUCUGCUCCAACUGUCUGAACAAACUGUAUAGUUACAUGUUUUCAUUUUUGGGAGCUUAAAUUGUCUUUUGCUUGAGUCAAGCUUGUAUCACCAAUAUAAGUUUUCUUGCUAACAUUUUAUUUUAAAAAGUGUUGCAUUGUAAUUAAGUUGUGAUUAACUCUUCCUUUUAUCUUGAUACAAACAACUCAUUCAGUUAUCAGUAAUAAUCAUUGGGGAGAUUAAAACAAAGUACCCUUUGACAGAUAAAAUAUGUUACUUUGUAAUAAAACAUGCAAGUUACAGAUUGAUGUGGCACAUUAUUACUAUUAAACUAUUAAAAAGAUAAACGGACAUGAA